CCUUCGUGUCUCCAGCCCCGGCAGCACAGACCCCAGCCCGGCACCGCUGCCCUUGACGACGAGGGCGGGGCCUCCCCGGUAUUGACCAAUGGGAAAGCGGGCAUCGAGCGAUACGGGGCGGUCAUUGGCUGCUGCGGCUGGCGCUGUCGGCCGGGGAUUGGAGGCGGCGCCCAGGCGGAAGCGGCCCCGGACCUGGUGGGAGUGGGCCGGUGGGAUGUGGAGGCCGGGGCCGCGGCCGAUGCCGCCGGUGCUGCUGCUACUGCUUUUGGCGGCCGGGACCGAGGCGGGGGCCGAGCUCGGGACUGGAGCCGUGACCUGCGGGUCCGUGCUGAAGCUGCUCAACACGCGCCACGGCGUCCGGUUGCACUCCCAUGACGUCAAAUACGGCUCUGGAAGUGGGCAGCAGUCUGUGACAGGAGUUGAGGGCUCAGAGGAUGCCAACAGCUACUGGAGGAUUCGAGGUGGGGCUGAGGGCGAAUGCCCACGAGGGGUGCCAGUGCGCUGUGGACAAGCAGUCCGACUCACCCAUGUAAACACGGGGAAAAAUCUGCAUACCCACCACUUUCCCUCCCCGCUGUCUAACAACCAGGAGGUGAGCGCCUUCGGAGACAGCGGCGAAGGAGACCAGCUGGACGUGUGGCUGGUGCAGUGCAGCGGGGCCUACUGGGACCGGGAGGAAGCCGUCCGCUUCCAGCACGCUGGCACCCACGUCUACUUGUCCGUCACGGGGGAACAGUACGGGCACCCCAUCCGAGGGCAGAGGGAGGUUCACGGCAUGCCCAGCCCCAACCAGCACAACUCCUGGAAAGCAAUGGAGGGCGUCUUCAUUAAGCCCAGCCCCACAGAUUCUUCUAGACACGACGAGCUCUGAGCCACAGCCUGCCUGCCCACCUGGGGCUCUGCUCAGCUGCGGCCCCCAGGUGUGGACUUGUUGAUGAGGGAUAAUUAAUAAAGUGCUUGUUCGAUGGGAA